UUUUGGCGACGAUAGAUGAUAUCUAUUCUUGAUGACUGGUGUUAUGAUUGUUCGAAUUACCCAUCAAUUUUUUACUUAAAAGUUUGUGUAAUAAUACCCAUUAGAUGAAAUGCUUAAGAGAAACCACUAUUUGGUCUAUUUUCUUGGUUAAGUAAUAUGGUGUUUGUUACAAUGUUUACUACCUUGCGCAUAUAAAAAACCUGUUUUUUGGUUGCGUUAGGUUUACUUUAUCAAUUGAAGUAUCGGUUGGUAUUGAAUUUAUCAUAUUGUUUAAAAUCAGGCAGCAGCCAGACAACCGUAGAGAUGGUUUUCACAGAUGAAUAGUUUUUUCCAUCUGUUUGUCUACUAAAUUCUAUCUCACAUAAUGGACAUACCGAGUAAUAUUGUGAAAGAUUUGUAUCAGGUGGAUUUUGAGGAUACUUCAUUAUGAAUGAGAUAAGCCGAGAUAGAAGGCAAACCUCAGGUCUGAUUGAUCUGUCAAGAAGCAUGUCCUUGGGUACCAUUAGAAGAUCACUUAAUGAAUCAAGAAGUUCUUGUUAUUCAUGGAGGGAGAAGAGAGCUUGCUUGAUUCCAUAUUUGAUGUGGAAAAUGUUGAAGAUAUGGAAGAUGUUGAGAUGGCUGAUGUAGAAGAAGGAGAAUUGGUUGGGAAGAAUCAUCAAGCUGAGUUGGGACGAAGCAGCAACAUUGAUGUUGAUGUUGAUGUUGAUGUAGUAACUCAAGAACCUCACAGUAAAAAUCGCAGACGUAAAAAUAAUAAGAAGAAAAAUAAGAAAAAGAAAGGCGGUUCAGGGUCUGAAAUCACAGACAUUAACAGAUUUGUAUUAGAUACUUGUAGGCGUUUGAAAGAAAAGAAGUCUUACCUGGUAUGGACUGCGGUUGGCUGUCUGGGUGUGUCUGCUCUGAGUGAUCUUGUGAAAGAGGUUGAUGCAAUUCAGUCUUGUGGUGGUCAGAAAACUGCUGAUGGAAGACGCCACAAAACAGGUGGUGGUAUUUUGUGGAGCAUCCUCAAAGCUCGUGAUCCAAAUGCUUUUAAGGAGAUAAUGAAAAAGGGGAAGGAAUUUGAGAAGCAAUUUAAACAACCGAGUCUGAGGAAAGCACCAAAUCAGAACAAACAAAGUUGUUCCGUAGCAGAUGACGCAAAACCUGUAGUGCAAGAUGAAGAGUUAGGGAUCGAAGAGAAACAGACACAGAAACGACCUGUUAAUGAAAGAAUCCGUGUGCCUGUCUCCUAUGAUGACUUGAUUGAAGUCGAGGAUCCAAAAAACGAGCCAAUUUAAUAGACAAUGAAGGCCGUAAGGUUUGUUACAUGCAUUCUUCCCUUCUUCAAGUCAAGAAAGGUAUCUCUGUUUCUGGUUAAUUAGAACGAUACGGAGUCGAGAGUGCAAGAAGUUUUGUGAUGGUUUUGGUUCAUAAUUUCUUUUAACAUUUUUGAAAUCUUCUCUUGGUGAAGUAGAUGGUGAAUGAAUGGAAGUUUUGAUGCACAUUUUGUGGUGCUAGGCCCACACAUAAUGUGGUUUCUUUUAA